AUGUCUCUAUUCAAACAGGUUGACGUAUUUGCCGAUUCAAGAUACAAGGGCAACCCUGUGGCGGUUUUCUUUGAUGCCGACGACUUGUCCACUGAACAAAUGGCCCAGAUGUCCCGUUGGACAAACCUAUCUGAGGCUACCUUCAUUGUGAAACCAACCACCAAGGAUGCCAGCUACAAAGUCCGUAUUUUCGCCCACGAGCACGAAUUGCCCUUUGCGGGCCAUCCAACCAUAGGUACCUGCCACGCCCUUCUCGAAGCAGGCCUUAUCGAGCCACAGAAUGGGAAAAUCUACCAGGAAUGCGGUGCUGGUUUGGUCGAGCUCACAGUAGCUGAUGGCCUCAUCUCUUUCCAGCUUCCCUACGCUAAGCAAUUGCGUACGCCUGGUGAUAUAACCGCCGUUACUAAGCAUCUUUUCCAAGGAGAGAUUAAAAACACCUCACCCGAAGCGAUUCUUUUCGACGUGGGUCCCAAAUGGCUCACACUCCGGCUCGACAGCGCUGAGACCGUACUUUCGCUCAGACCCAAUCAAGGCGGAAUAAGACAGGUCUCUGAAGCCUGGGGCAUCACUGGAGUUCAAGUUUUGGGGCCUCAAAAGCAAAAGGAUGCGUAUGAAUUGAGAACCUUCGCUCCCGCUGUGGAGGUGAACGAAGACCCAGUGUGCGGGUCUGGGCUGGGAGCUGUCGGGGCUUUCUUAGCUGCUACUGGAGAGUUGAAGGGCAAGGUAAGCAUUUCUCAAGGCACUGUGGUGGGUCGCCAGGGUAAAGUUACCGUUCACAAUGAGGAUAAAAUAACUGUUGGCGGUCCCUCAAUCACUACUAUUGAGGUCGCCAAUUCAAGCACUAUAGCGAGUAGUGAGGAUCUCGAUAGUAUCAUCAAACAGACCUCGUCGCUCUCCAUCGAUGAAUCCCGAGGCAAAAACUGGUGGACCGUGCUGAACAUAUUUGUCUACAUUUUUAAUCCAUUGCUACUCACUGCAGUGUCGGCUUACGUGAGGCUCUAUGGAAUUGGUGACGCUCCCAAGGUGAUUUGGGAUGAAGCUCAUUUUGGAAAAUUCGGUUCCCACUACUUGAAACAUGAGUUCUACUUCGAUGUUCACCCACCUCUUGGAAAAUUACUCGUUGGUCUCUCAGGCUGGCUAGCGGGCUACGAUGGCUCAUUCGAGUUCAAGAGUGGAAAAGAGUUCCCUAGCGAGUUCAAUAUUAUCGCCAUGAGAUACUUUAACUGCGUGUUUGGUAUUCUUUGCACCCCUUUUGCUUAUUUUACGGCAUUGAGUUUGGGCUUUUCUUUAUAUUCCGUGUGGUAUAUUUCAUUGCUGGUUGUGUUCGAGAUGUUGUCCCUCACGUUGUCCAAGUUCAUCCUUUUGGACUCCAUGCUUCUCUUUUUCACAGUGACCACAUUUUUUGGCCUCAGUAAAAUCCAUGAGCUCAAUCAAAGAAACAAGCUUCUCAGCCUCUCGGGUGGUCUCUGGUUGGCCUUCACAGGUGUGUCGAUUGGCUGUGUAUGCUCUGUUAAAUGGGUGGGUCUCUUCGUCACUGCUCUAGUGGGACUUUACACGAUAUAUGACUUGCUCAUUCGGUUCUACGAAGUUUUGGAGCGGCAAUUUAGAGCGCAAAAAGUCACUUCCUGGACAAUUUACCUCAGACAUUGGUUCGUGAGGAUCGUGACACUAAUUGCAAUCCCAUUUGUCAUCUAUGUCGUGGCCUUCAAGGUUCAUUUCCAGGUCUUGAACCGGUCAGGACCAGGUGAUGGCUCUAUCUCGACAUUGCUUCAGGCCCAAUUGGAGGGUAACACCUUAAAAAACGGACCUCGUUCUGUGGCAUAUGGCUCCUUGGUUACCCUUCGUUCGCAAGGCCUUCUGCCCAACCUUUUGCAUUCUCACCCACACCUAUAUCCCGAGGGUCUCGAUGAUAAUAACGAGUUCCUCAUCGAGUUCGAUUUGGAAAAUGCUAUCAAAGGACGAUUCGCAACAAUUGAUUUCGAUGAAGAUAAUCCAAAUGUGAUUCUCGACUACAAGACAUUAGUCAAAGAUGGUGACACCAUUAGGUUGAUGCAUAAAGAACGUGGCUGCUUUUUGCAUUCCCACUCCAUCGCAGCACCAGUGCUGAAGGGCCAUUACGAGACUUCUUGCUACGGCAAUAUCGAUGUGAAUGACUCAAAAGAUGAUUGGGUGAUCGAAGUUCAAUCUCAAGAUAAAUCGCCAUCCCCCGAGUUCCAAAAUGAAAAUGUUUCUGAGAUUCAUCCUAUCUCGACCAGCUUCAGGUUGCGUCACAAGGUACUUGGCUGUUACUUGGCUACAACAGGCUAUUCUUAUCCAUCCUGGGGCUUCCAACAAGGCGAGGUCACCUGUAAAAAUGUGUUGUUGAAGAAUGAUAAAAGUGCGUGGUGGAACAUCGAAGAUCAUGUCAAUAAUGAUUUCGAAUCGCCCAAAACCAAGUAUGUUGCUCCAAAGCCAAAAUUCUGGAAGGAGUUCAUUUUGUUGAAUUAUGGAAUGAUGGCUUCGAAUAAUGCCUUGAUUCCUGAUCCAGACCAUUAUGACCACUUGGCGUCAAGAUGGUGGGAAUGGCCCAUCUUGCGAACUGGAUUGAGAAUGAGCGGCUGGUGGUCAGACAGUUCCAAGUAUUUCCUCAUGGGCAACCCAUUCGUUACUUGGUUCAGUACGCUCUCGAUUGUAUUGAGCAUCAUCUUUGCGACAGGAACGCUCUACAUGUGGCAAAGACAGUCUGUUGAAUUGAAUGUUAGAAGCGCUGAAUGGAACAGAUUCAUCGCUCAGUUUAUCUUUCCAAUAGCUGGGUAUGUGUUACACUACCUACCGUUCAUUCUUAUGGGUAGAGUGACUUAUUUGCAUCAUUACGUGCCAGCAUUGUACUUUGCAAUUUUUGUAUCUGGUUACGUCCUUGAGACCGCUGUGGCCCGAAAGGCACCAAAGAUUGUUAAGCUCAUUAUUUACGCACUCUUCUACUUUGGCGUUGUUGCUACCUUUUGGAGAUUCCGCUUCUUUUCGCUAGGAAUGAAAGGUGCCAGCGCUCUUUAUCUUCAUCUCAAGCUUCUCAACUCCUGGCGGGUAUGA